CUCGCGCUAGAAACCUUUCAAGAUCAAUACCUUUACGGCAGAAUCCUCGAUCGUGUGGCCAUAUUUUGAUCAGGUUUUUUCAGCGAUCGGCUGCUAGGGACAUUCUGAGCAGUUCAACGGAGCGUCGCGAGUGAUAUAUGUAUUUGAAUAUUUGCUUUGGGGGCUCAGCGCGGCGUACUUUUGAUCUCUGCGAGGCAUUCUCUUAGAAAGAUCCGACGAACGACUGUAAAGCAGGUUGUGCGCUCAUCUCGGCUGAAUGCGGUCUGCAGUUUUCCGCGAUUCUUAGCGAUGGAUUCGGAGCAAAUGCUCGCCAGAGACCCUAGAAAGGUUUAUUAUGGUCUUAAAGAAUCACAACAGAAAUCUACCACACGUGAAAUAUUACAGGCGCGAUCAUCAGCGGCAGACUGCCCCACAACUAUGCGGCCCCCUCCAACCGGCGAAGAUUCGAACGACAGUGAGCGUUCCAAAGGAAAAUUAGUGGCUUCUUUGAAGUCAGAUUCGUUUGUUUCUAGUCCUAUAAUGACAGCGAGAAGGGUUUCCAAAAAGGAAUCGACUGCUACGCAAGGUUAUUCAGGACUGGAAUCAGACGAAGAGAAACUUGCGCCGUUGGGUUAUGAACCGGAGGGUAGCGCUGCCUCUACUCCUCAAUGCGAGCGAUGGCCCACCUCUUUGAACGAUAUGCUUAUGGAUUGCCAAGGAUUUAACUCAUUUUAUCAGUUUCUAAAGCAGGAGAAUUCCGAAAUUCUCCUAGAUUUCUGGCGAGCGUCCGAGUCUUUCAAGCGAAUGGCACCGAUUUCUCAUGAGAUGCGGACGACCGCCAAAGCGAUUUUCCAGAAGUUUAUUUUCCCUGGGAAUGCUUUAGAAGUCAGCAACACAACGAGAACGAAAAUUGCGCAGCAUGUUAACGAUCAGCCUAUGGAUUGUGGACUGUUUGAGGAGGCUUUAUCCGAAAUAAUGGCGAAUUUGAAAAAUAAUCAUUAUCCGAGGUUUUUGAACACAACUUUCUAUAAGGAGUGCAUUCAGAGCGGCGGUGAAAGCCCACAAGGGAUCUGUGAACGCUUUACACAUACGGCCAGAUUUCACGGUGGAUAUUUACCGCCUCUUCCGGAGGAAAAAGUUUUAGGAUUUGACGAGAUUGAGGAUGAUGGAGUCCAAUUUGAAUUUGAGCAACAUCACAAUAGUGCGAAGGGAUUGCCUUAUUGUGCGAAGAGAUCGGGUUCCGAUGAACACAAUGCGCGGUAAGUUACUCGCUCAAUUCCAACCGUAACAGACCGCUUUUUCGUUUGGAGCGUUCUUGCAAUUACUUUGUUGGAUUUCUACACUUGAAAUACCUCAUUGAGUUGCCUGACAGCUCUAGUGCAUAGUUAUCAGCGGCAAUUUACAUUCAAUGUUUUCGGAAGGCGAUUGGGCCGUCGUUAAGCAAUGUUAUUGCAAUUUAGUUUUUGUUGUUUUCAAACGAUAAUCUUACCGACUUUGUAGUUAAUGAAAGCGGCCAAGUGGAGGGAAUUUAUUUUCGGUGCCGCGAUUGAGAUUAUAGCUAAAAUUGUCAAGAUCGCUAAUAGAAAGGGAUAUUGCAUCUCUUGUCAAGCAUUUGAUUUAGCUUUUGAAAAGGCAAAGUUUAUAUUAGAACUUUGUCAAGUUCUCGUGCAGCGAACAUUUCAAUAGUAACUGAAUGUUAUGCUGCACGCCCGGCUAAUUGAACCAAUUUUUAAUUUCUAAGGAAUCUAUACAUUGUUAUCGGAAGUGCUAAGAAUUUCAUAGCUUGUGAAGCAGUGCUUGGUAUUUAUAUUUGAAUUGUUUUGGAUUCAGAGUUUGGACUAAAGCAAGUGGCCGGUUGCGGUGCCAAUUCAAAUGUGCGAGUGAUAUUAUUUAAGUUGUUUGACCCCAGAUAAAAUUAGAAGCCGUCAAAUCGACUAGAGUAAUUGUCAUUCUCUUGAAUCGAAUCUCAUUGUAUUUCUUCCGAGCUCAAUGGUUUGUACGCUCCAGCGAAUGACUCGCGCUGCUUAAGAAAACACAAGUGAUUGAUCAACAAACUUCGGAGUCCAUUCGACAGCACUUUGUUUUGUGUAACAAAUGACAUUUUCAGUUUAGGCGAGGCUUUAGGAUAUCCCUUGAAAUGAUCGCUUCAAAAUCUGUUAAAUCCAUCAAGUGUUCCAUCGUGAUCAAAUCUUUUCCAAGGGAAACAUGCGCCACGAUUCUUCUCCAAGUUUUUAGUCAGUGUCUUAAAGUAUUUCUCAUUCUUUGCUAGUAAACAUGUUACUUGUGUAUUCUGUUAUUUGGUCAGAAGUACUUGUAAUUUUGAGAGGGUGUGAAUUCUUGUGCAGCAAUUUCCAGCGGUGCACAGACACUCGAGAAGAGGUAUCGGGUUAAUGAAACUUGAAGAAAUUUGAUUUAGCGAGUUGAUUGCUGUUUCUCGUGUAAGACUUGUCUGUUGUGGCAUUUGAUUUCAUAUCGAUGUCAUAUAUUCCUCUUGCUGUUUAUUGCAUUUCAAAUUUAUGAAUUCCAGCGUACAUCUGAAAGAAAGGUUAAUGAGCUUCCCAUAAAUCCUUUGCAUUAAAAUGGCAAACUCAGUCUAUGCAAACAUGCAUAAACAUUUGCUUUUUAGCUGUCAAAGAAUGCUAAGAAAUAUUCGCAAAACGUGUCAACUUUGAUCUUAAUACAUUCUAGAACCAAUCAGUAUGUUCAAAGUUGAUCUCAGAGUGUAUAAUGGAGGAAAACAGAGUAUGGCAAUGAAAUGGUUGUAAAGGUGCCAUUGAGCAGGUUUCCAUAUUUCAUGAACUGAAGCACAAGUGCCUUUGAAGCAUAUUUAAUUGCAAUUACUGUUUACAAAGUCUUGUCUUUUUAUUUUGUACUUUCGAAGAAGUUGUUUCUGUUCUUGAGACUCACCAGAGCGUGACCACAGAUCUUAAGAAGGAUGUUUUUGUGCCCAAAGGGUCAACAAGUCCACUGUCUUCUUGAUUUGUCUCUCUUUUGUUUUUCACUCUUUUUGCAUUCUUGAAUUUUAGUACUUUCCUAAGAGCUGCUCUUUAAGCACUUGCAAUUGAGUAGGUUUAUGGAUUGGUUUUGUUCAAAAUCUAGGAUAAUCAUACUGCCUUACCUUCAUGACACCUCUCAUAUGAAAGCCGGUGCUUUAAAUGCCAAAGCAGUGUAGUUGCUGAGCAGGAAUUUGCAUGUGGGUCUUUUUAAAAUAAUCACUUUUUGGCUUAAGAGCACUCUCGAUAUGUCAUUUAUAACUUUUAAUGCCAAUUGAACAUUUAAAUAUGCCUUAUUGAACAUUUAAAUAUGCCCUAUUGAACAUUUAAAUAUGCAGCUUUUGUAUUCCAAUUUAUUGUUCUGUGUAGAAAUUGUACAGUUCAUAGUUUUGUUUUUGUGUCGUGUGACUAUGCAGUAUCUUUUGAUUUAUGCAAGCUAGCCUGAGGGCAAUAAGUAGGAACUACUCCUUCGUUGAGGUCUGACUUUUCUUCAGGGUGUUCGACCUUCAAUCAGAAAGUUAUGUGUUUUGUUUUGGGACAUGGCAACUUGACAAUUUUUCUUACUUUGUUAUUUUUACGGUUGUGGAAAUGCUGCUGCUUCUUCCAUGUAUCAUAUUUCUGUAAAAUGAAAGGAGAAGAGUCCUGUGACAGUUUCAGGUCAAAAUCUUAUAAGAUUCCUGUGCUGGAAAUUGUUUAUGCAAAGCUUUUCAGCGCUUAACAGAUAGUUCAAAUAAAAAUGUAUAUAUAUAUAUAUAUAUAUAUAGAGUUCUGUAAAUAUUGAAUUUGGUUUUCUUUUCUCAAUGAGAAGUAGUUACCUUAGAUUUCAGUGCAAAAGUCCAUUUGAUUUAGGAAAAAAAAAUUGAGAAGUAAAAAUUUUUAGACAAGUGGUCAGAGCGCAAGUAUUAGUCAGAUGUUCUUUAAUUUUGAUUAUUUCUAACCCAAUGUCAAGUGUUUUAGAUACUUUUUUUAACCCCACAAACAAGGCAACGUGUUUUGAAUGCUUAUUGAAUAGAUCCAUGUAUUUUGUUUUGAAGCAAAUUACUUAGUUUGCUACUCAUGUUGUACUCAGCUUCCAGUCAUGUUAACCCUUUAACUCCCUAGAUCUGAUUGUCAAUUCUCCCCUCUGGCUACUACACAUUUCAUUGUAAAUUAAUUACAAGAAUUUGUGUCCAAUCAAGGUAAUAAAUUGAACCUGAUGGGUUUGAGUAUUCUCACUACCUGUUUGCUGUAUAAUGUACGGAUACUAUUGGGAGAAGUUACAAGCUAAUCAGUUCUGGGAAUUUAGGGGUGAAAGUUCUAGGGACUAUGAGUACUUCAGGUUAUGUCUUUGAAUAAAUUAUUUACUGUUUAUGCUUUGAUAUCCACAGGUGUUUAUUAAAUGUUCCCAUGAAUAAAUUAUUGUCACCAUACCACUGCCCAACAGCACCUGUGGGAUCGAGAAUUGAAUCAGAAAACCAGAGUCUAUCAAGCGAUGCUAUGACGGAAGAUACUCUCUCAGUGACAACUGAUAGUUGUUUCACUGAGUAAGUCAAUUAUUUCAUAUUUGUAUUUUUAAACCUUCACAUCCUAAAAUCAGUAUCCAUAUUCUCCAUAACAAGGUAAUAGAGUAUUGACAACUGAGUUGAUAAUGUAAAUUGGCCACCAUAAAGAGUUUAAAAGCCUUAGAACUCUUAAGGGUGGCUAAUUAACGUUAUCAACCUAGCUGAUAAUACUAAAUUACCCUGUUAUACUCUCCCACUGACACAGCAGCAUAGUUUUUUAAAGAUUUCCCCCCCUUAUUCAUAUUCUCUGUACUUUUCUUCAUUCAUUUCCUUGAUACCUAAAAGGAGAAUUCAUGAACCGAUCAAAGCUUCUUAGGGUGGUUAUUGUUUCUUUUAGUGUCAUGAUUUGAUGCAUGCAGGAAUGAAAAGGUCAUUUUUUUCUCCUGGUCUUGAAUUCUUAAAUAUUUUAUACUUUGAAAUGCUAUUCUUCAUGUAAUUUCUUUCAUCGAUUGUUUACAGCGAUACAUCAUCCAGAUGUAGUGGCCGAAGGAAGUGCUCAGCACGUAGUAAGAAAUUUGGCUUUCAUGAUAGUCUUCCGAUGAUGCAAUUUGUUCCGGUAAGUAAUUAUGUACCUUUUUUUGUUUCUGGGUGCACAUGGAAGUAUAUCAGAAAAAGUCCUCUGGGUGGUCAAAUGGUCUGUGGUGUUUGGAGUAAUGCUGAUUCUCAUAUCCCAACAGGAACUUCAAGAUCAUGAUCAAUUAAUUUGUUUACUUCUGUCUUGUAAAUAUAUGCAUUCAAAAUUACUGACUGACUUUGUUGUUUCUUGAAUGAGAGUGAAAAAUAAUUAACACAGGGAAGCCCUUUCAGUGAUCAUGUUUUAAGAAGUAUUGCAUUGUAGCCUCUUAUUUUGUUAUGUCCUUAUUGUAAUGCUUGACCAAACAUUUGCAUGUCAAUGGACCAAUACAAAAAACAGCAUUAUUUGAAUGAGAAAAAGAUACUGGGGAAUUGUUGAAAUGGUUUUCACUUAAGUAAAUCCUUUGAUUUACUCUUAACUCCAUGUUAUGCAACUGGUCAGAUUGACAAAUAUUUGUUCCUUGUUUUGUGUUGUUCCUGGUAUUACAAUCUUUUGUCUUGAAUAACAAAAGGCACCUCAACAUUAAAAAUAUGUAAAUGAACAAAUAAUGAAAUGAUUAGAGACUAAAGAAAGAAAUGUUGGGGGAAAAAAAGUGGAUGGGGCUAAAACCCAUACUAUACUUCCCAGACAGUAGUUAGGUGCCUAUCUUAAUUUUUUUGUAAGUAAACAUGUUCCAACUUGUGUUAAGGUUGAAUGUUCUUGGCACAAAGCCCAUUCAUUCUUGAAAGAAACGAUAACCAUUUGAGAGAGGAACUUUGUGAAACAAAGUCUUGCAGUGGUCCAUGUAUUUGGUUAUGCAAAAAAAUUGUGCUAUGGUGAAUGAUUAAUAGCAGUAAUGAUUGGACUCUACUUAUUUCUUCAGCGUACUCAGAGAAUUCCUAAAGAGGCUUGUAAUGCAUCCAAAAAUCCGGAAGAAUUUGCCAAAAUAUUGAUUGAAAGACUAGAGAAAGUCAAGAUUCAGAGAGAACAAGGUGAAAGGGAAGCUCACAACUUGGCAAUUCACUGUGAGGUAUGAUUGAAUGUCACUGUGUUACAUGAAAUUAGAUUUUUUAUCGUGUGUUUGGUACAAAUUUAAAUAUUUUGCCAAUCGCAGAAAAUCAGAAUGGAUGAAACCCGAAUGCUUAAGAUAGCUCUCUUCAAAUUGCACAUUAAUUUAAUAGUGUGUAGUACAACUGUAGCAAAUUGUGGUAUUAUGAUAAACAAAUAUUCAUUGCCUCAUGGCCGUUGUGUGUAAUGAGAACAAGAGCAAUUCUAUGUUGUCUUAUCCAAUUGUUACAUUGUUUUAGGCACCAAGAAAGUCAAUUCUCCAACAAGCAAUUGACAACACAGAGAACAAGAAAAAACUCUACCUUACCACUAUGGCCAAGGAAGCUGUGGCUUCUUUCAAGGAACCUUAUUAUAAUGACAAGCCUGUAGCUGGAGAGGAAACUGCUGCUGCUCCCACUGCCUCAGCACCUGUAGCUGUUGAUACAUACAGACUGCAAGUUGAACCACAACAAAUUCAGCAGUCUAAGCAACCUGGUUCAGAGAAGAAAGAAUCAGUGAUUGAACCCCAAUCAAGUGAGCCAGCUGUUAGAGAUGGUAGUGAGUGGGAAGCUCGUCCCCAACGCAAGGAUGACGACAUUCCUUUCCUAACUGUUAAUCAUCAUCGCAUUAUACAAUGGAUGGAGGAAGGGGAACAGGCUCAGCAGGGCUCAAAAGAGUCUAAGUCCCAUCGCCAUCAUUCUCCCUCCUCAAGAAACAGUUCGAGGGGUAAGCAGUCGACCACGUCUUCCACUAGACAUUCAGAGAAGAAUCCACCCCUGCAUUUACCUGGACAACCCAUUGCCUCCGAUCUCAUGAUGCCUCUUCUUCCAGCACCUCAUGCAUCAUCUGUUUUGGAAGAAACUAGAAAGAGAUUAAUUGAUGUGGCAAAAGAGGGGGAGAGGCGAUCUAAGAAUCAUGCAAAGCAAAGGUAGGCAUGAAACCAAAUUGUGAUUUCAACUGUUUACAUUUAUGAAUUUUGAUGUUUUGGGGGGGGGAGGGGGGGUUUCCCUUGACAGUUGAUUGAUACCCAUGUAUAUGUCUGGUAGGAGAGAGGUGAGGCAUUUGAGUUCAGAGUCUUUCCCAUGAACACAACUCAAUAAUCAGACCAGCGUUUGAAGGUUAUUACCAUCACACAACAGCGUAUCUCCCACUGUUAACAAAUGCCAGUAUUGAGUAAAUUUUAAAAAACCGAAGUUUAGGCCUUCAACUGAUUGUUGUUGGAAGUGCAUCUACCUGAAUCAAGUGAAGUGUGUAGAGAUCUCCUCUACCUUCUGUUUUUAUUGAACACAAUUCAAAUUUGUUUCAUGUAGGUUUCAAGCAGGAUCAGAUUUUGAAACCACAUCCUGCAGAGAAAAAACAAGUGCAUCAUUAUGUUGGUCUGCCAAAGACUCCUCCGGUUAUGGGCAGUCUCCAAGUUUUCCACAUGAAAGACAUUACAAGGCUACAUCAUCUGUGACUGGAAAAUCAUCUGUAUCACAGACUGAUUCUAUAAGUACAUGUAAGGACAGUGGAUUUUGUGGAUCAGUGUUGAAAAAGAAGGAUAAACAUGGUUCAUUAAUAAUCACUUACUACUUAUGGGGAGAACCCAUUCCUUAUCGAACUUCACUUCCUGAAAAAUCUGUGACACUUGGACAAUUUAAAACUUUGUUACCACCAAGGAAAGGAAUUUACAGGUAAGGUGAAUCCCUCAAAGGCUCAUGUUCCCUAAUCUUUUCACUCUCAGCUGUGACCAAAACUGAACUUCUUCUUACAAUAUUUGUACAUUUUUUAAGUAGAUAAGUAAAGAGAGGUAAGAAAAAUAUUAACUAGGGGAUAUUCUUUGAUUAAACAAAAAGUUCUCUGAUCUAAAAUCAUAAGAAAUGUAUAGCACAGUUUGGAGAAUCAUAUUUAAGUUUUGGGUGUAAAGGGUCAGGUAUGCUGAAUGCGACUCUUGUGGCACAUAUUCUCAUCUGCUGUGAAUUGUUGGAAAUGAAAGUGAGUUGGCCACAGAGUAAAGUAAACUGAGAGCCUGGUAUAGGCAAGGUUUUCGCCAAAGUUUCAUUUGCCAGCUAGAAAACACUAAACUUGUUCAUCAUCUAUCAGUAUCUUUGAAAAGAAAUGGGCAAACAGACUAGAAUUCAAGUCUUUGAAACAUCAGCAGCAUAUUUUUGAUUGAUUCUCUGAGGAUAGUUUGAUGAAGGUUACAUCUGAUUCACUUAUUUUACCUCUAAAACUGAUCACUUUAAAGUGUACUUUGAGAAAAUUAGCUUUUGACAUGGUGUACACCUCAAGUGCAGGAGAGAACUUGCUCAAAAUUGCUGUAGAGUGCAAGUGAAUUUUUCAAACUCUGGAAAAUUGGAACAAAAUCCAUACAAUUUCUAGCAAGAGGCAGCAUUUUUUCUCCCAUACCUUGUUACCUAGGAAACCUGUGGUUGUGUUGUUGACCAUUGUGUUGUUUGGUUCUAUUGGUGCUUUGUACUUGGUCAAAUGUGUCAUUUCUUUCAAGAAAGUCAAUGUGUGAUUCCAUCAGCCAUUUUAAUGUAUCUGAAACAAUGAAAGAGUGAUCUUACCUCGCGAUGUUUUUUGUAAACUGAAUUUAGAUUACCUUUUCCUCUUUGCAGAUUCUUUUUUAAAAGUAUGACAAGAGACAAUGACUGUCUUGUCGUUUGGGAAGAAGUUAAAGAUGACAGCACUGUUUUACCUACAUAUGAUGGAAAAGUCGUGGGCAAAGUAGAACGAGUGAACCCUUAAAUGGUCAAAAAUUCUUACCGUUUUUAAUAGAGAAAUUGUACUUUUAAUACUGAAUGUUUUAUAUUCAGAAAUGAUUUUUAAAUAUUAUAAAAGAAUAAAGGGCUAGCUACCCCCUCGGAGUGCCAGAGAAUUGGCGUUUCGUUUGUAUAUAGACGUAUAAUAUAUUUGUAAAUUCUAUGUUAAUGUUGUAUAAUUUUAUGGUUACCAAGAUUAAAAUAUUAUUUUCUAUAAAGA